AUGGCCACACUUUGCACAGUUAUGGCGCUCUGGCGGCUAGCUGUUCGAUUCCGGAUAAACAUAUGGUUGGGUUUGAGCGACUGGCUCAUGUUGGCAGGCGUAAUCCUAAACUUCCUAAGCUGCAUCCCAUAUGCUGUUCUCGCAGCGAAAAGUGGCCAAGGCCGUCUGAUGCAGGAUCCUUGGUGGCUCGAGCCGGGCCGGACAUCGAAUGAACUGCGGUACAUUUUCAUAACACAGUGUUUGAAUGUGUACGCCCUGUUCUUAGUCAAAUCCUCGAUUUGCGCAUAUAUCAUGAGUUUGGGCUUUGGCCGCGGUUACCGGUUUUUCAUCUGGGUGUCGGUGGCCGUUGUAGUUUCGUGCAACUUCAUCAUGAUGCUGGUUUUACACUUUGCCUCUUGUCGACCGUUUUACUCGCGGUGGGACGCUAGCAUUUAUGGGAAGUGCUGGCCAGAGGUGGUUGGCGAGGCAUUGAUAUAUGUUUAUAUUGCGUCUAAUAUCUUUACCAACUUGAUAUUUGCUGCCGCACCCGUUGUGUACCUCAGACGCGUGCAACUCAGCAAACAGGCUCAAUGGGGUGCAAGAAUUAUCUUCCUCUUUGCGCUUGUUGAAAUCGGGCUCUCCAUCGCGAAAAUACCAAUGACGAUGAAAUUCCUCGACUCGGAGGAAUCGAUAUGGGACGCCGUUGACCUGAGCAUCUGCAGCAUCAACGAAGUCUGCGUCGGCAUCAUCAUUGCGAACCUACCACCCCUGCGAAGAACGAUACUCGGGUCCUUCUCAAAGUUCAUUCCAGAAAGCUACGCUACAGGUCUCGGUAAACACACUAGCCAGUACACUGCAUCCCGUGGUUCACAGCACACGUCAAAGAGUCAGGCAGAGCGAGAAACCAUAGCCGAUGAUGAGAGCGAGUGCUGCAUCCUGGAGUUGAACAAAAGGCCUCAAUCUUCGGGGAUUAUGAAGACGACCCAUGUCUUGAUUCAAAACGGCGAAGCGCACUCGAAUGAAGUACACACUGUCAAGGAACAUGUGUAG